CCCACCCUGCCUGUGGUCAUCAUAGGCAAUGGUCCUUCAGGUAUUUGCUUGUCGUACCUGCUUAGCGGGUAUAAGCCCUAUCUGGACCCAGGCACUGUACACCCUAACCCUGUACUGUACAGGAAACUACAGGAGACCAAGCACAUGCCCAUCACUGAGCAGGAUCUGGAGUACCUGAGCGAGGGGCUGGAGGGCAGGUCAGGGAACCCAGUAGCAGUGCUCUUCGACACCCUGCUGCACCCCAACGCUGACUUUGGCUACGAGUUCCCUCCAGUGCUCCAGUGGAGGAAAGAGAAGCAGCAACACGUCCCUCACCUGGUCCUGGGCAGGGCCAGGCCAGGAGGGGCCUGGCGCGCGAUGGAGGGCUCCAUGCUGACCAUUAGUCUUGGUAUCUGGAUGGCUCCUGGUAUUAACUACCGAGACCUGAUCAACGGCAGAACGAGUGUGACAAAUGACAGAGCCACCCCAGAGGAGAUCUUGUCCUACUACAGGAACUAUGUGAAGCUGAUGGGCCUGAAGAAGCACUUUGUUGACAAUACCUACGUGACCUCCGUCCAGAAGCUGAGCCGGGGGCACGAGGGGGAGGGGCUGGAGACUGGGCCUGGGGGGGGAGGGGUCGGGGGUGGAGGUGAAGGGGAGAAGGGGGGUUAUGAGGGGAGGGGGGGUGGAGGGAGUGGUCUUUGGGAGGUGAGGGGGCACCAGCAGGUGCAGGGUGACUCCCACGUCCCCUUCAGUCUGUUUGCGGAGAAUGUUGUUCUGGCCACAGGCGCAUCUGAUUCACCAGCUCGGCUGGGCGUGGAAGGGGAGGAGCUACCGUUUGUAUUCCACAGUAUCUCUGACCUGGGAUUGGCUGUGAGCCAGCAGAGGCUUGGGCCAGACUCUGACCCGGUCCUGAUCGUGGGGGCGGGGCUGAGCGCGGCAGACGCCGUGCUGUGUGCCUGCGGCAGCAGCAUUCCUGUGCUGCACGUCUUUCGCAAACAUACAGAUGACCAAGACCUCAUCUUUAAACAGCUGCCCAAAACCCUGUACCCAGAAUACCACAAAGUGUUUCACAUGAUGCGCUCCCAGACCCACACCACCCCCAGCACGACAGGCUCUGCUCAGGGACCCCAGCCUCCCAGCCUGGCGUCUUCAGUCUGCGCUAAGAUGUGCUCCAAGCCCCAGCAUGCCCCCACCAACAUGGCCCCCUCUGGUGACUCCAGCAUGUUCCCUGACUACACCAGUUUCCCAGAGCACUGUGUGGUCUCCUUCCAGCCUGACAUGAAGUGCAUCAUUCAGGGGAACAACUCCCUCAAGGCCUUCAAGGUCUCCAUGGUCCUGGCUCUGAUCGGGACUCAUCCCAACCUGUUUUUCUUGAAGGGCCAGGGCCAGUACCUGGGUUUGGAUCCCACCAAGCCCAUCUCCUGCAAGCAGAAUCCCAUCGACAUCCAGCCCUACACUUAUGAGUGCACCAAGGAGCCAGGACUGUUUGCCAUGGGUCCCCUGGUGGGGGAUAAUUUUGUUCGUUUCUUGAAGGGCGGAGCCCUGGGCAUUGCCUCCUGCUUGCUGAAGAGACAGAAGAAGAAAGAGAAGCUGCUCGUGAACGGGGGAGGAGGAGGAGGAAGCUUCAUCUAAGAAGAAAAAAGGCUCAAAAUAAUACUGGCUUUAUCAUGCUUCUCAGCAUAACCAAGAAAUAAGGUCACAUGGUGGCGCCAAAAUGUUUUUUUAUUUUUUAUUUAUCUACUCAUUGUGUAUGCAGUGUUUAAAUAUUGAAACGGAGGCUUUCUUACUUUUUCUGAGGAAACUGCAGAGAGAGGGGGGGGGUUCCUAACCUGCCCAGCUCACAUGGUUUUCCUGAAACAUGACAGCACGGCAGGUUUGUCCGUCUUGUAGUCUGAGCUGCAGCGAUGCUAUAUACUUUUCCAUCACGCGGACCUUCAUUUUCUUCCGUUUUGUUAUCCGUUCACAACGUGUCUUACAGUUAAAUCCAGUACAAUACAUAUGUUCUGGAUACCUGAUCAUCUGCCUACUAGUGAAGAAGUGACCUUUUCUUCACUGCUUAUCAUACUGCUCAUCUGAUCCAUUUUCAAGCUUUCAGGAGAAGGAAAUACAGCCACAGGACUGUUCAUCUCGUUAACCACUAGCUUCGUCUUGGUUUGGUUUUCUAUCAGUGCUAAUUUAGGAUCCCAGAAGCAUCUUCCAGGUAAUGGACUGAGACAUUAACGACAACAAAUCAUACAAACAGCCAAUUUUACCUGUAACAACAAGCUGUUGCAUUGACAACCAACUGCAUUUAGAUGAUGCAGUUUAAGUGCCACUGACAAUUGAAGAAAGCUUUUUAUCGGAUGCAUCACGUGUGCUGUUAGGGGAGUUGGUGCCACAGAAGUAGAAUUGCUAGCAUGGACUUUCUAAUAUGUAGAACAGACAACGUUUCAAUGUUUUGGUACGACUCAAAGGCUUCCUAUGCAAGUGCUUUCACUCAGAUACCCGAAUGUAUAACGGAUCAGAACAACUCUUUGCUUACUUACUUGCUUGGAGUCAGCUGUCUUGGAAUGAGAUAACGCAUCCAGUGAUGUGACAGAAUGCUAGACUACAUUAGCAUGUUAGAACCUGUGAUCAUAACUGGUUAUUAAGGACAUAUCUGUUAAACGCACAUUUCCUGGUGGUCAAACACUGCAGGCAGUAUCUAUGCCAGUUGGUCAGUUUUUCAUCCUCAGUGACAUUUUUCGGACCGUGCCGCAGCCACCAUACACCUCAGAAGUCAGCGAUGGAUUGUGCCAAAUACGUGUUUAUGAAAAGCUGUGAAGACUGAAUGUAGUUUGUUCAUUCAUCCUUUCACCCGACUCGUCACCUUUGGGAUGUGGUCGAUGCAACGCCAUGCCUGGGUGUGUCCCUGGACAGGCACCGCUACCUGGGUGCUACACCGCAGAGAAUCCCCACACUCUGGAUGUACAUCUGAUAAGACUACAGGUUUCAACAGCAUGAAAGCAAAACGUGCGACUGGUUAUCUGGUACAGCUUUUCAUCCGGCCCCUUUAAUAGGUUGUGUGGAAUCGAUUGUCGGCCAUAUUGCUUCCUUCUAUCCAACCCUGUCACAUAUGUGCUAGUGACCUACAGUUCAGUUAGUAGAUCUGGAGAGGACUGCCUGAAGGAGAACUUGGCUGUCCUCUUGUUUCCCAGCUCCCAGGUAGAACCUGAACAAGGGGGAUCUGGUAGAACCUGGAGAACGGGGAUCUGGUAGAACCUGGAG